UACGUGUCAAAGUCAACAUUUCAACACGCUGUUUCUUUUUUUUUUUUUUUGGUCGCCGGAACCCUGCUGAAGAGACGCCGCGGCGGUGCUUCGCCACACAAAUUCCCUGCGUCACGGAGAGCAGAGCCUGUCAUGCUGUCAGCCGAGAGCAGUGACGCAAGCGCACACACAUCCUCGAUGAUGGUCGACUCCACACUGGCUCAAGUUGGGAAAAAUCUGAAUGAAGCCAUGAGGGUCCUCGGAGACGGACAGGGAGAAGUGGAGUCGGGAAUCAAGAGGCCGCACUUCAUCAGUACCGGUAUGCCUGGACCCCUGCAGGGAGACGGUCAGGAUGUUUCCACUUUGCUGCACCUUGUUCACAACCUUAUUAACGAAGACGACGAGGACAGCGAGAAGCCCACACUACAUAGGUUGCAGAACGUAGGUGAACAGGGUCACAUGGCCUUGCUGGGUCACAGCCUGGCCGCCUACAUCUCGGUGCUGGACAGAGAGCGACUGCGGAAGCUGACCACUCGGAUACUGUCUGACACCACGAUGUGGCUGUGCAGGCUCUUCAGGUAUGAGAACGGUUCCGCCUGCUUUCAUGAGGACGACAGGGACGGCCUUGUGAAAGUGUGUCGGCUGGUCAUCAACGCCCGCUACCAAGAAUAUGCCUCGGAGGGCUAUGCAGUCCUAAGCUCCAAACAGCCAGUCAUCUACCAGAGCGCCUCCUGCAGGCCUGGUCUGGGACAGCACCUGUGCAGUCAGCUUGGCCUGCCUCUCUCCAGUUUGUGCACGGUGCCAUGUAACACUGUCUUUGGAUCCCAACACCAAAUGGAUGUUGCCCUGUUGGACAAACUCAUCAAAGAGGACCGAGACGCUGGGAAGCUUCCUUUGCUGUUGAUUGCCAAUGCAGGUACCCCUGGAGCAGGCCAUACAGACAAGCUGGGUCGUCUAAGGGACCUGUGUGAUCAGUACAGCUUGUGGCUUCACGUGGAGGGAGUCAACCUGGCAACCCUGGCGCUGGGUCAGGUCACUUCUGCUAUCAUGGCUGCCACCAAAAGUGACAGUAUGACGCUGACACCAGGCCAGUGGUUGGGACUUCCGGCUGUAACCGCCGUCACCCUCUACAGACAUGAAGACCCAGCUCUGUCUCUGGCAGCAGGUUUAACCCCCAGCCAGCCUGUGGAGAAGCUGCGAGCGCUGCCUCUCUGGCUCUCCCUGCAGUACCUCGGUCACAGUGGAGUUGUUGAGAAGUUCAGACAUGCCACAGCUCUGAGCCAACAACUCCUCCAGAAGCUGAAAUCCGUGACGUCUAUCAAAACAUCGGUGGAGGAUGAACUAAAGUCUCCUGUGGUGCUGUUCAAGUUUUCCCAAGAAAUGAGUGCUGCAUCCAGCGAGGGUUUAGUGGAAAGUUUCUGUGCUGGAGAGAAAGAGGUCCUUGAUGCCUUCAACAGAUGGCUCGGGGAGCAGCUGGCUGAGCUGGUCCCCACAAGUGGAGUAGAUGUGGUGGAGCUUGAAGAAGAGGGAACCUGUGUUCGCUUCAGCCCCCUGCUGACUGCUGCAGUCCUGGGGACCCAGCAGGAGGAUGUUGACGACCUGGUAGUGAAGCUGAUAGAGCUGGUUCCUGUGAUGAAUUCCACGUUGUGCCUGAUACAGGACUUCAGAGAGCAGAUCCACCGACAUUCACCCUCGCUUAGAUACGUAGAGGAUCACAGCUGGCCGGGCCUGGGAGCUGUUCGGUACGAGCCGCAGGCUGAUGGAGUGGAUGAGAUCCGGAGCAAGCAGGAGCUGGAGAAAAUUAACACUGAGCUGCUGAAGAAACUACAAGACCUUGACACUGACAUCAUCUUCUCCGCUGGCUCCGAGUUUGGAACAGAGGAGGACUGCAUUUUUGUGGGCAUGGUAACCGAGGAUGUGGAUGUUUCCGAGCUAGUGGAUACAAUAGCCGCCCUGGGGAGAGACAUAGUGGAGAGCGGAAGGCUGCUGGAGAACAUGACUGAGGUGGUGAGGAAAGGCAUCCUGGAGGCAGAGCUGCAACUGCAAAAGGCCAAUGAGGAGAAACUCAUCGAAGAGGGGAUGCUGAGGCAGCUUCCUCUGGUCGGCUCAGUGCUGAACUGGUUCUCUCCAGUUCAGAGCUCCAUUAAGGGAAGGACCUUCAACCUGGCUGCAGGUUCCCUGGAUUCCACAGAGGAGACGUACUCAACCAAGGCCCAAGCAGGAAAGCUGUCUGUUCAAGACACUCCUACUUCGUCUUCAAAGAGACUGCCAGGUCAGAGGUUGUUCCGGCGCUCGGGGGCCGGGUCGGACUCCAUAAGCGAAACCAGCUCCGUCGGACAAGCCGAGGAGACGGCUCUGGAGAAGAGUCCCACCGUGAGCAGCAGCGUCCACCCUCCCGACUCUCCAGAUGCGCCGGAGACACCACAUCACACCGCUAGCGAUGUCUCAACAGAGGACAUCCAGGGGUCUUCUGAGCCCUCACAGGUAGAGGCUGAGGAGGCGCCAGAAGAGAGGCAGCCCGAAGGCCAAGAGGCGGAGCAGAGCAGCAGAUAGGACGACUCCGUCUGCAGAUGCCGUCCAUCCGUCCUCCUAAUGGAACCAGCCUAACAGAGGUUAAAAGGAAAGGUGUAUUACAUUACGAAUAUAACUCAUCGAUGGGGGGUGGGGGGAGGUGAUAGAUUGAUCUGUUUGUCUUGGCGUUAUUGUUUCAGCACAGCUAUGAUGUCAAAGCUUAAGGAAGGAAUCUCUGGAGGUUUCCUGUUGCAUUAUAGAGCAAAGGAGUUGCCGUACUGCGCACACUAUUAGUUUUGGCUUCAGAAAUGAAUAGGAUCGGUUAGUUCAAUAUUUAAUUGCGAUAUCAACUGGAAAUCAAGCAGCUCAAUAUGAACACAGUUAAAAUGUUGAGACUGAACGUUCAACUCCACCAGAAUGAUUAACAGCUCCGUUGGUCCGCAGGGCAAAAACAGUAGUUGUUGUUCAGGCUUUUGCUUUUCUGUUGGCCGGCAUCCAUCCAAGUCAUGAUACUUGCAAAUUUAUUUUACUUUACAUAUUAAAAGAAAAGUCUUCAGGGGUGGACAAGACAUAAACUGGACUUUCACCCAGUAGAGGAGGAUUUAAAUACCCGCUGGAAACAUUGCUUUGUUUGUUUCAAGUUGCUUUUGUUUUGGCUUAAAAAAAAUAAUUUUUUGGUUUAGGAAAGUAAAAUACUUUGAGUUUAAAUACCUCUGUGCAAACACUAACAAAAACAAGGCUCCGUUAUUUUGCUUGUAGGUUCCCUCCCUAAAAAAUAGCCCCUAAAAAAUACCUUCAGCACAUCCUUACAGCUUUUUUUUUUUUAGUGAAAUUAACCCAUUUGUGGCUGCGGACCAACACAGCUGUCGGGCUGUUAGAUUCCUCACUGUAAAUAGUAAACAACAUAUAUGUAAACUCACCCAAUUACUCUCCGUAAUAAUUUAUGAUAAAUAAGUCGAUGUAGACAGAUUAGAAUAACACUGUAUUUUAUUUAAUAAAAUCUACUGAUAAUAGCAGUAACCUGCUUACAUGCUUUAAAAAAAACAAAAACCUUAACGUGUGCACUAGCCGACGACGCUACGAUGGUUUAUCAGACUCACUGAUGAGAGGAACAGAAAUCCUACAUAAAGACUAAAGUCAGAACUUUAACAACACAUACAAUAAAAUUAUUCCGUUACAUUCGUUAGUCAUGUUACAAAAGUAGGUUUAAGGAUAAAGAUUUGAGUUUUAGUUUUUACGAAAGCUGAAAUGCGAACAAGACCAAGCUGCAAUUUUCGGGUGAAAAAAAGUCAUAUGAUGAGAUUCAGUCACGAGAAUAAAAGACAAAGUGGCAAAUUGUAAAAAAAAAAUAAAUAAAUAAGAAAUAAAGAAAUGUCUUCAGUUUGCAAGAAAAGGUCAUGGAUUGUGGUGAUAGAGUCAUAUUUUUAGAAGUAGAUCACAGAUUAAGAACAAGACGUGUUACUGGACUGGAUAGAGACGUUCACAGUCUGCACAGAGUUCAUAUGUUUAAUGGCAAAAGACUUCAUCAUUAAUAAGGUGCUCAUUGGUGAAACCUAAAAACUUCAGAACCUCCACAUCUUUAUGUUCAAGCCUGUGCAGACGCUGUUUAAAAUAUACAUUUAUAUCGUAGCGUUGAAGUUUCGUUCUCCAAAUGUUCUGAUUUUUUCCCCAUAAAAUCGUGACGUUGUUCCCACAGUAUCAUGACCUUUUCUUCACGAUUGUGACUCAUAAUAUUCGGACUGUUUUCUUUGAAACGAUGUCUCCAAACACAGAUUUGUGACGCCAAAUCAAAUUCUCUUUACAACCGAACAUGCAGCCGGGGUCAUUUUGUUCCAUUUUAUGUAAACAGAUUUUUGUCUAUAAUGGCAUCAGAGCAACAACAACAACAAACAACCUGCUACUGGGGAGCAUUGCUUCACAGGUAUUCACUGUAUGAGGGAUGUUUCUUUUCUCUUCAGAAAAAUGUGCUUGAUUACCAUUUAACUGCCUGCAAGUGCGAUAUGAGAGGGCCAGCUAGGGGAUGGGUUCUGUGUUUUGGUUGACGUGUAACAGCCCUCGAGAACUACUGCAGAUCGUGCUGGGGCCUUAACGCAUCACUGGCAGCGCUUAGAAAUCUUUUAGCAAGUUAAAUAUUAGAAAAAGGACGAAAUGGAAGUGUGUUACGAAGGUACACUUUGGCGUGAAACUCGUUAAUGUUUUACAUGAACGGGAGCGAAUGAGCCACAGUAGGUUUGAGGGGGAAAAAAAAUGGUUUAAAAUUUGCUCUUGUCGUGGUGCCUUCGUGUAAAAAAAUGUAAAAAAAAAAAACAAACAAAAAACAAAAAACGUCCAAGAAUGAAAGCCAAAGACGCAAACUGGGCCGGACUUGUCGUUUAGUGCUUUGGUGCUGGUAGAAGAUCCUCUAUAAAGACUUGUGUUUCUUUAACUUGUUUAUGGGAAAUGUGGAUGAAGUACAACGGUUUGAUGAGGAAUGACCACAGUAGGAAUGAGAAAUUACAAAGAAAUUGCACUUGUUCUGUAGAUAAUAAUUACUACUGUUCUGUAUUUAAUUUCUUCUUAAGGUGUAAAUGUAGCAAAAUCGUGACUGUUUCUGUCGUAUGAUUCUAAUGCAAAUGUAAAAUCAAUACUUUUCUCACCUCGAAAGAAUGUGUUGGAUGAAGAACUUUUCA